AUGACUCAAACCAUCACUUCCCGGACCCUGUCCACUCAGUCGAAGAAAUGUCUCAACCUGGAUAACAUGAACCAAAAUAUUCGCGCCGCUAAGUACGCCGUGCGCGGUGAGCUGGCCGUCAAGGCUGAGACUUAUCGUCAGCGCCUGACUGAUGGUGACAAGUCCCUGCCCUUCGACAGCGUCAUCUUCGCCAACAUCGGUAACCCACAACAACUGGAUCAGAAGCCUAUCACCUUCUUCCGCCAAGUCCUCAGUCUUGUCGAGAACCCCUUGCUGUUGGAGAACCAGGAGGCGCUCAAGAACUCGUUUGGAUACAAGCAGGAUGUCAUUGAUCGGGCCCAGGCCUUGCUGGCUAAUGUUCAGAGUGUCGGUGCCUACAGUCACAGCCAGGGUGCUCCCGGAAUCCGGAAGAGCGUAGCCAAGUUCAUUGAGGAGCGUGACGGAUUCCCUGCCAACCCAGAUGACCUGUUCUUGACUGCCGGUGCCUCCUCGGGUGUGAGCAAUCUUCUCAGCGUUAUCUGUAAUGAUCCUAGUGCUGGUGUGCUGGUUCCUAUCCCUCAGUACCCAUUGUACACUGCUACAUUGGCCUUGUUGAACGCACACUGCGUUCCCUACUAUCUAGAGGAGCAGAAGGCGUGGGGUACCGACGUCAACGCUAUCAAGAAGUCAAUCGCGACUGCCAAGUCUCAGAACAUUAACGUGCGCUCUAUUGCUGUCAUUAACCCCGGUAACCCAACCGGUGCCUCUCUGAGCACAGAUGAUAUUAAGGCGGUCCUGGACAUUGCCGCUGAGGAGCACCUGGUUGUUAUUGCCGACGAGGUCUACCAGACCAACGUUUUCACUGGUGAAUUCGUCUCUUUCAAGAAGCGCCUCCGCCAGCUUCAACAGGAACAGCCUGGCAAGUACGAUGAUGUGGAGCUGGUUUCUCUGCACAGUACCUCAAAGGGCAUGGUUGGCGAGUGCGGUCACCGUGGUGGCUACUUCGAACUGGUUGGCUUUGACCCAUUGGUCCAGGCCCAGAUCUACAAGCUCGUCAGCAUUGGCCUAUGCCCACCAGUCGUGGCUCAGUGUCUGCUCGAGACCAUGGUCAACCCUCCUCGUGAAGGCGAGCCCAGCUUCGAGCUGUAUCAAAAGGAAUAUAAUGGAAUCCGGGAUGGUCUGCACAAGCGUGCCCUCGCCCUGUUCAAUGCCUUCCAGCGUAUGGAGGGUGUAGAGAUCCAAGAGCCCCAGGGCGCCAUGUACCUUUUCCCAACCAUCAACCUCCCCGCCAAGGCCAUCGAAGCCGCCAAGUCUGAGGGCCGCGCAGCCGACGAGUUCUACUGCCUCGCCAUGCUCGACGCCACGGGUGUAUGCGUUGUUCCCGGCUCCGGCUUCGGUCAAAAGGAGAACACCCUGCACUUCCGCACAACCUUCCUCGCCCCUGGUACCGAUUGGGUUGAGCGUAUCGUCCAGUUCCACUCCGAGUUCAUGAGCAAGUACGGAGACGGAAAUGCUAAACUAUAA